CUCCAGCCCCGCCCCGCCACGUCCCGCUCGGCCGCCGGUUCCCGCCCCGGCGGCGCAUCGCGGCGGCGGGUCAUGGCGUUCACGCUCUACUCCUUGUUGCAGGCCGCGCUCCUCAUCGUUAACGCCAUCGCCGUGUUGCACGAAGAACGCUUCCUCCGACACGUUGGCUGGGGAAGCGAUCAAGGGAUUGGAGGAUUUGGAGAGGAACCAGGAAUUAAAGCACAGCUAACGAACCUUAUUCGAUCUGUACGAACCGUUAUGAGAGCUGCUAUUUCUUCUCGUCAUUUCCAAUCUAUCCUUCCUUCGCGCGAGGACUCAGUGUAGGAGGGCGCAGGUCCCAGCUAAGGUGCCCCGAUUCUGAUAAAGUGUAAAAAAAAAUACCCUGACUCCGACUCUGGCUUGUGGCACUGCUGCAGCAUCUUGUCUUUCCUCAGAGUUUGGGAGCUGAGGAGGGAAGCUUGGUGAUCAAUCAGAGUGUGCAAUUAGCUUCACCCUGGCUAAAUUCAAUUUUGUGUAAAGUACCUGGUGAGGGAAAUGUAAUUCCUGGGAUUCUUAAAGGUAAGCCAGGCUUACAUACCUCAAAGGAUGGGGAAAAAACCAGACUCUUAAUUUGUAACUUACUGAUAGUUUUUCACUUUAAAGCACAGGACAAAUUCCUUUUAUAGGUGAUGAUAAAGGGGACGUAAAAAAUCUUGUCUGUCUUGCCCACCACAGAGCAAAACUGAUACAUUUCUUCUAAAUCACAGCAAAGCCAAGGGUAGAAACUGACUUUGAGGCGGUCUAGUUUCAUUUGGAGAAAAGGUUCUUUGGGUUAAAGUUAAAACAUGAUGGGCCAUAGAAAAAUAUUUAUGCUGUUGCUUCCUACUAAUUUUUAGUGUCCUAGGCUUUGAUCCUGGCUCCUUCCACUAAUCCUGGUUUUGCAUAGGAAAAAUAAGUGUAUUUUUAAAAUUUUGAUUGUUUUUGCUCCUUAAAAGGUAGUCUCCCAAGAUAAUGUGAAGUUCUGUCACUUUGUGACGUGGAAAAGAAAAUUUUCACAAUU